CUACCCAUGGAUCUACAUUUUGACAGCUUGCUGAAUUACAAACAACGCCGUACAUGUAUCAUUGUAUGUCAUCCUCGAGAUAACAGAUUCAUUCAGCAGAGUCGAAGAAUUCAAUGUGUUUUGUUUUGAACCAUUCAUAUUUAUGCGAAGUUUGCUUUGAACUUUUGAUGUGAGGUGCAUCGUCUGGAAAGAAAGAUGUCACGACAGCCGCGUCCAGUCAUGCCACCUUCCCGUCCUGCUGGAAAGUCCCCAACAGCACAAGCUCUCUCUCUUCUCCAGAAGAAGCUGAACACGGCAGAGGCCGAGACCGCGAAUCUCGUCCGCCAACUCGCCGACCUGGGCUUUCCGACGGAUAGCAACCCUCAGUCAAAGAACAAGGACUCUGCUGAGCCAGUGGCCCCGUUCUUACCCUCCACGGCAGACAAUGAAGCACUCCGGAAGCACUAUGAGGCACUGGUUGGGCGGCUUUGCCGGACGGAGAGCCAACUGCAGACCCUGAAGCUCAACCUGUGUGCCUUGCAGGCCGAGAGGGACCUUGGGCGGGAAGGGGCGGCUUUGGCUGCGGCAACAGCGUUGAACGAAGAGAGCUUGAUGCGUCACAGGGAGGCCCACGAAGACGAGGUGCGGAAACUGAACAAGGAGCUGGUCCGGACGCGCACAGAGUGGAAAGAGGUGUUGGAGCAGCGGAACGAGGCAGACGAGGAGGCGAGGAGGUUGAGCAUUGCCCUGGAGGAAGCAACCACUGCCAAGUCCGAACUGGCGGUAGCUUACGAGGAUUUGAUGUCAAGUAAACAGAAGAUUAACAAAAGGAACUCGGAGUUGCGAGAGGAGUUGGCUAGAGAGGGCAGCCUUCGCCGGAGCCUGGAGGACUCCCAUGGUGCCUUGCUGGAGCGCGUCAGGGAGAUGGAAGAGCUUGUGGAAAGCGAGAGGCAAGAGGUUCAGAUCCUGUCCAGCGACUGCUCAGAGCUGCGUGAGGAGGGGGCGCGAAUCCAGAAGGAAAGGAGAAGUCAGGCCUCCCAGCAAGCCAGGCUUGAAGAGACAGUACGGACACUACGGGGAGAUCUUGGGGCGAAAGAAGUUCAGCUGGCAGAAAUUCGUGAAGAAAAUCAGGUCCUUCUGUCCACCCUGAAUGGCAUCAAGCGAGAGAAUGUGGCACUGCGCAAUGAGAUGCAGAACUCCAGAGCAGCAUCGCACAGCACAGAGGCCCAAGUCCAGCAGUUUGAGGAGGAGAGGAGUGCCUUGUAUAGUGCAUUGACCCAAGCUCUGUCUGCUAGUACCAGCCCCCAGGGCUUACAACAAAUAGCAAAGAUAUCAGAGCCAGGUUCAGUAGCUUUGAAAGUGACGGACAGUCUUCGUAGGCUUGAGGCAGAGCGGACCAGGUUGCAGUCACUGCUCUCGGAAGAGAAGAAACAAAAAGAAUCAGCAGAGCGGAUAAGUUCUGAGUUGCGGGACAGUUUACGCAUUGCUGACGAACGUUACCAAGACGCAACGCAGCAGCACCAGAGCCAUGUUCAGUCACUGGAGAAUGCCAUAGAUGACUUGAAGCAGGAGCUGGCAGCGUUGCAACACCGCAACCAAGAUGCCUUGAAGGCCAAAGAACACCUGUUGCAAGAGGUCAAUCUUGCCGUUGACGGGAUGUCAGAUGAAACAGCAAGACUCCACCAGGAACUUGCACAGUCUAAGUUAGAGGUGACCAGUCUUGGGCACGACAAGCAGUACUUGACGGAGGAGAACCGGCGGUUGAUGGAACGUAUCACAGCCUUGGAGCAGCAGCAGGAUGCACAAGAAAAGGUCCAGUCAACGAUAGCAGAGCUCCUUGAAAGUAAGAACCGGCUGGCCUAUGAUAAGGGACGAUUACAGAGCCGUGUGGACCAGCUACAGAAGGAGCUGGAGGGCCUGGCUAAUGCACGGACAGACGGACUACAGCUACAGAAGGUGAAUGUAGCCAUGCAGGCCCAGUACACCAAGACCACAAGCGAGCUGAGUUCUGUCAAGGUGACCAUGCAGAGACUUGAAAGCAAGUUGAGACAGGAGCAGGAGCUGUCUAGCAGGAAAGAGAAAGAUUUCACCCUAGCCAUUCAGGCCAGAGAUGAAGCGUUUCAGGAGUGUGAAAGGUUAAAAGGCCAACUCCAGGUCAUGGACGACAGGGAGAAACAAAAGGCUGCAAGUUUCCAAAGAAGCCUCGCGGAUGCAAAGACCGAUCAGUCUAAGAUCGCCGCUACCUUAGAGGGAGUCAUGGCAUCACACACACAGCUGCAGACUGCGGUGGAGAGUUUGCAGGUGGAACUGGGCCGUAAGGACAGUGAGCUGUCAUCGCUCAGGACUGAGAGGCAAAGCAGGCAGAAGACAAUGGAAUCACUACAAAGGGAGGUGCAGAAGUUGACGGAAAAGCUGGUUACCGUAGAAACACUGGAAGGGACCCAAUUGGACGGCCUGCGGUCGGACCUGGACAGAGCCUUGGCCGAAAAGAGCAAACUUGGCAAGACGGUGGAUGAAUUGCUCCAAGCCAACGGCAAGCUACAGGCAACCACAGAGAGAAUACAGAACCAACUGGAGAAACGCAAUCACAAAUACAAACUGCUGCAAGAUACAAGGGAGAGAGAAAAGUCGGACCUCCAAGACCAGCUGCAGGCUUCCCGCGACCAACUGCUGGCCCUCCAGCAGCAGCUGGCCAGCAGGAGAGACGCCUCCCUCAAGAAUGCCACCCAGGAGCUGGACCAGCUGCAGCGGGCCCACCAGCAGCUGACAGACAGGCUGAGGGAGCAGACGGGGACCAACGCCGAGCUGCGCGCCAAGGCGGCCGGCCUGGAGGAGACGUGCAACCGGCAGCGGGACCGGAUCCGCAGCCUGAAGGCGCAGCUGGAAAGCUGUAGCCAGCUGAGGAAGACGAAUGCCGAGAUGACAGUGAAGAUCAAAGACAUCAGCCAGCAGUUAUCAGAGAUGGAAGCUGCCAAGAGAGACUACACCCGCAAGAACAGCGAGCAAGCCAAGACCAUCGCCAACUUUGUCCAGCAGGUGGCUGGAUUGCAGGCUGACCUACAGGCUCUGUCCAAGGCUCAGGACAGCUUGUCAAGCAGCACCAGGAAGAAAGACCGGCAGGCAGAGAAAGAGCGUAACCAGCUGCAGCACCAGGCCAGGGACUUGCAGGAAGCCCUGGCCAGGAUGCAGGAAGAGAAAAGGGAUGCUGAGGAGAAACUGCUGGAAGCAAGCAACGAAUCCAUGCAGAUCACAGCCAACCUUCAGGAGGCCCACUCAUGGUUCAAGGCCCGGCAUGAUGCCCUCCAGCAGGAGCUCACUGAAGCACGGCAGAGACAGACCCAACUGGAGAGGAACAAUGCGGAACAGCAGCAGCAGUUGCUACAGGAGGCCAGCAGACAGGCUUUGAGUCACCUAGCCAGACAGGCCGAGGCUGACCACCAAAAGACCAAGCUGCAGAUGACAUCCAUGGUCAAGAGACUGCAAGCAGAGAAAGACCACUCAACCUUCACUGAUAACAAGCUGCAGAAAUUCAUGGAUAUCAGUGGUCAGUACAUUGAGGAGCUAGCCAUGGAGCUGGAUCGGCAUCGCAGCAGUCAAGACGAUGACACAACUUGA